GGGUCUGUGCCUAAGAAGCAGCAGCCGAACGUCGGUCCUGGGAGAAACCCGAGUGGAUCUGGGGUCCCCCGCCAGCUAACUCUCCAGGACGGCCCCGCAGCCCCACGGCCGGCGGGGGUUGGUGGGGGGGGGCUGGAUGCAGUGAGAGAGCCUCUCACGGGAUCCUCGUGGUGACGUGGCAGCCAAGACGUGGAAGCUUGGGACUUCUCUUCCACUGCAAGAGAAUCUGGGGGGUGGGCAGGGGUGGGCCAGGGGGACGCUGGGAGUCGCAAGACCCUUCACCUUCACUGUGGGCUUGGCUCAGGGAUGACCGCAGGCAGAGUCAACCCUUACAGCAUCGUGUCCUCCGAGGAAGACGGGCUGAGGUUGACCACCAUGCCAGGUAUCAACGGCUUUGGCAAUGGGAAAAUCCACACCAGGAGGAAAUGCAGGAACAGAUUUGUAAAGAAGAACGGUCAGUGCAACGUGGAGUUCACCAACAUGGACGACAAGCCACAGAGGUACAUUGCAGACAUGUUCACCACUUGCGUUGACAUUCGCUGGAGGUAUAUGCUCUUGCUCUUUUCCCUGGCAUUUCUGGUGUCCUGGUUAUUGUUUGGGCUGAUUUUCUGGCUAAUUGCACUCAUUCAUGGAGAUCUAGAAAACCCGGGUGGAGAUGAUACCUUCAAGCCUUGCGUUCUGCAGGUCAAUGGCUUUGUGGCUGCUUUUCUGUUCUCCAUUGAGACCCAAACGACUAUUGGUUACGGCUUCCGCUGCGUGACGGAGGAGUGUCCGCUCGCGGUCUUCAUGGUGGUGGUUCAGUCCAUUGUGGGGUGUAUAAUUGACUCUUUCAUGAUUGGUGCAAUAAUGGCAAAGAUGGCCAGGCCCAAAAAAAGGGCCCAGACAUUACUUUUCAGCCAUAACGCAGUAGUGGCAAUGAGAGAUGGAAAACUCUGCCUGAUGUGGAGAGUUGGGAACCUCCGGAAAAGCCACAUAGUAGAAGCCCACGUACGAGCUCAGCUCAUUAAGCCCAGGAUCACAGAAGAAGGGGAGUACAUACCGCUCGACCAAAUAGACAUUGACGUGGGGUUUGACAAAGGCUUGGACCGUAUCUUCUUGGUGUCUCCCAUCACCAUUCUCCACGAGAUCAACGAAGACAGCCCCUUGUUCGGGAUCAGCCGCCAGGACUUGGAGACAGAUGACUUUGAGAUCGUGGUCAUCCUGGAAGGCAUGGUAGAAGCCACGGCUAUGACAACGCAAGCUCGGAGCUCCUACCUGGCCAGCGAGAUCCUCUGGGGCCACCGCUUCGAGCCUGUCUUGUUUGAGGAGAAAAACCAGUACAAAGUAGACUAUUCCCACUUCCACAAAACCUACGAGGUCCCGUCCACCCCCCGUUGCAGCGCCAAGGACUUGGUGGAGAACAAAUUCCUGCUGCCCAGCACCAACUCCUUCUGCUACGAGAACGAGCUGGCCUUCAUGAGCCGCGAUGAGGAAGAGGAAGAUGACGACAGCCGGGGUUUGGAGGACCUGAGCCCGGACAACAGGCACGAGUUCGAUAGGCUUCAAGCCACAAUAGCGUUGGAUCAGCGGUCGUACAGGAGGGAGUCCGAAAUAUGACUCUUGGUCCUUCCAUUGACUUUUCCGAGGGUAUUUUUUUUCCUCCUCUAAAUCUCUUCCCCUACAACCCGCUCAAAUUAUGCAGAACAAUGCAAGUGCCAUAGGAAUGCUUGAGAAAUUAGUAUCGUUCAUAGUUUUCAGUUUCAUCGCAAUAACCACUGAGCGGUCUGCAGGAGGGGACGGCGGCAGGCCACGGCGCGUCGCCCGCGCCCGGCGCCCGCAGCGGGGCCGGCAGCUCUGGGGGGACGGACGGACGGACGGACGGAUGGAUGGAUGGAGAGAGGAGGGUCUGUGGGGCGCGGGCAGGAGCUCGCCCCGUACGGCCCCGUGGGGCUUUGCUCUCCCUGCGGGGAAAACGCCAGCGUUUUCUUGGAGCCGAGCACUGCGAGAUCCAAAAAGAGGAAAUAUCAGGAAACAAAUCUUUCUCUCUCUCUUUUUUUCUUUUUUUUUUUUCCUUUUAUUUUUUAACUGAGCAGCAACAACAAAAAAAAAUUGCUCCUUCCAGCAGGCGGUCUGAUUCAGUUGCACAAGAACAACACUUGAAAUAACAUGCAACAUUAACGUACUUCUUUUUAAUUUGGGGAAAAUUGUUGGGGGGAGGGAGGUGAGAGGGUUUUUAAUUUUUUCACCGUACCGUUUGGGAGACUGUUUACCAAAAUAAUAAUAAUAAUAAUAAUAAUAACAAUAAUAAUAAUAAUAUUAAAUCUGAAA